AAAGGAUGCUGAGGCUGCAACCGUGUCGCCCACUUGAACGCAAACAGAAGUACCCGUCAGAAACUGAUGCAACAAGUGCUCAACUAAGAAGGCAAGAGAACCGCAGCGAUGGACCGCUCCAAGCAGAACAAGUACAGCUCAAACGAGAAGAAGGACAAUGGGGACGGCGGCUCCGUGCUCAACGGCCACUUUGACGGGAUGGUGAAGCGGGCAGCCGGCGGUCCUCAGGCACCGGCAGCAGAAUCCGCUCCGCACCGGUCGACCUCCGCUGUGAUGGAGAGCUGGAAGGAGGAGCGCACCAGGAGCCUGGAGGACAACGAGAUGAGCUUGCCGUCCCUGGCCGCUGCCUACACCACCAUCCUGCGGGGUCUCGGGGAGAACCCGCAGCGGCAGGGACUCCUCAAAACCCCCUGGAGGGCUGCCACGGCCAUGCAGUUCUUCACUAAAGGCUACCAGGAGAAAAUUAUCG